AUGAACAUAAAAUACAAGACGCGCAACCAUCCAAUUCAUUCCCUAAAUUUGAAGACAGUCAUCAACCAAGUAAAGAGAAAAAGACAUCGAACGAGCCAUCGCUCGCUCCUCUACCGUCAGAGCGCCCAAAAUACCCUCACCAUAGCAACCAGGGAAGCAAGACCAAACAUUGAAAAUUAA